UACACCGUGCUAAUGAAGCAGCGCAAACAUAUUCACCAAUGAAGAUGUUCAAGUACGUGGAAAAUAAUGCGCGUCUAAAAGCUGUUCAAGACCCAGGUGAAAGACAAAGGCUCAUUGACAUGGAAAAAUAUCCACACUACGAGGCUUUUAUGUAUGGUGCUGAAAUGAUUAGACCAGGUGAUCUAGUACGAUUAGUACCUGAAAACUCCAUGGAUCUCGACACCGAACCGGAAUAUCCCGAGUUUCUCGAAAUUCGAACCAUUUAUCGGCAUCCAGAAAAAGGAAUGCAGUUUACAGGCAACAUUUUGCAACGUGGAGAACUUUUAAAUAAAACUGGUCCAGUAAAAUUAGAAGAUUAUAAAUGGUGGAUUUCACAUGACAUUGCUGAAGAAUAUACCAUAGAUCUUGAAGAUAUUGCAGGUCGCUUUUAUUUAAUGAUGCCACACUUAACAGCUCGCACUACAGCUCGUGUUUUCAAAAAGUUAAAUGAUCGGAUGGAAAUUAUUGAAGCUGGAUCAGAAUUAGAAAAGUCACAAGAAAUUUCUUCGAAUAUCGUUCCUCCCAAAAGAAACAUGGCUAAAUUGAGUACACGUAUUGACAAUUCUGAUGAAUCAGCCUCCCCACAAAAAAGGCAAAAGAAAUAUAUUGUCAAAAUUCCAAAAAAGAAUAGUGUUAAAAAACCAAAGAAAAACAAGGAAUUAACAA